AUGUCUCCCCUAAUGGAAAUAAGUGCUUCCAGUCUUGUACUGUCCUCUGCAUCACAGCCAGAAGAGGCCAAAGAAGAGAAUGGUGAGUUAGCUUUUGACUCAAAUUUGCUGCAAAAAGAAGGGGACAUGCCCAGAGAGUUCAUUUGGCCAUCUGUGGACUUAGUUAACACCACCCAAGAGGAGCUGAAAGAACCCCUUGUGGACUUAGCAAUCAUGAAGAAUGGUGAUGAAAAAGCUAUUGCUAAUGCUGCUAAGUUUGUGAGAAAAGCAUGCUUGAAACAUGGCUUCUUUCAAGUGAUCAACCAUGGUGUGGAUCCAGAUCUCAUAAGUGCUGCUUAUCAUGAAAUUGAUUCCAUUUUCAAGCUCCCUAUGAGCAAGAAGCUUGGUGCAAAGAGAAAACCUGGUGGGGUCUCAGGCUAUUCUGGUGCUCAUGCAGAUCGUUAUUCCUCCAAGUUGCCAUGGAAAGAGACAUUCUCUUUCCACUACAGCCACCAAAGCAUCUGCAAUUCCCAGAUUGUUGACUACUUCAAGUUUGUCUUAGGAGAAGACCUUCAACACACUGGGUGGGUGUAUCAAAAGUACUGUGAAGCAAUGAAGGGGUUAUCUUUAGUAAUUAUGGAGCUAUUGGGCAUUAGUUUGGGUGUGGAUCGUUUACAUUAUCGAAGAUUUUUUCAAGACGGUGAUUCAAUAAUGAGAUGCAACUAUUAUCCACCAUGCAAUAGUUCCAAUCUCACCUUAGGAACUGGCCCUCACACUGAUCCAACCUCGUUAACUAUUCUUCAUCAAGACCAAGUUGGAGGUCUAGAAGUUUUUACAGAUAACAAAUGGCUAGCUGUUCGCCCUCGAUCUGAAGCUUUAGUCAUAAAUAUAGGUGACACUUUCAUGGCGUUGUCAAAUGGGAGAUACAAAAGUUGUCUACAUAGGGCAUUGGUGAACAGAAAGAAGGAGAGAAGGUCACUGGUUUUCUUUGUGUGUCCAAGAGAAGACAAGAUAGUGAGGCCCCCAGAGAAUUUGUUAUGCAGAAAUGAGCCAAGAAAGUACCCUGAUUUCACGUGGUCCAAUUUGUUUGAAUUCACUCAGAAGCACUAUAGGGCUGAUGUUGCUACACUCCAAAGCUUCAUUGAGUGGCAAUGCUCUUCCAACUCAUCCAAUUAA